CGCCCGCCGUUCUUGCUGCUGCUGCUGCAUUGCCUCGGAGGCGAGCGGCAGAGGCGGCCUUUCUCCGUCCCAGCGCUUUGCCUUGCCUUGCCUUGCCUUGGCGAGCAGCUCCAGCAGCCGCAGCAUCACCAUCCCCGCUCAGCCUGGCCGGCGGCAUGGCGGGCAUCAGCUUCAGCGCGAACCGCCUGGAGCUGCUGGCCUCGUACCAGGAGGUGAUCGGGGAGGACAGCCCCACCGACUGGGCUUUGUACACCUAUGAAGAUGACUCUGACAACCUGAAACUGGCUGCCUCUGGAACUGGUGGCCUACAAGAGCUCUCCAGCCACUUUGUGAUUCAGAAGGUGAUGUACGGAUUCUGCAGCGUCAAAGACCCCCAGGCCACCCUUCCUAAAUAUGUCCUCGUUAACUGGGUGGGAGAGGAUGUCGCCGAUGCGCGCAAGUGUGCCUGUGCCAGCCACGUGCCCAAGGUGGCAGAGUUCUUCCAGGGUGUGGAUGUCAUUGUCAAUGCUAGCAGUGUGGAAGAUAUUGAUCCAGGGGCCAUUGGUCAGCGGCUCUCCAAUGGCCUGGCCCGCAUUGCCAGCCCAGUGCUGCACCGCCUUCGUCUGCGUGAGGAUGAAAACUCCCAGCCAGUGGGCACCACCUAUCAGAAGACUGAUGCGGCUGUGGAGAUGAAGCGACUCAACCGAGAGCAGUUUUGGGAACAGGCCAAGAAAGAAGAGGAGCUGCGCAAAGAGGAGGAGAGGAAGAAGGCCUUGGAUGAGCGGCUGCGUUUUGAGCAAGAGCGCAUGGAGCAAGAGAGGCAGGAGCAGGAGGAGCGUGAGAAGCGCUAUCGAGAGCGUGAAGAGCAGAUUGAGGAACACAGGCGAAAGCAGCAGAACCUGGAAGCCGAGGAAGCCAAACAGCGGUUGACUGAGCAAUCCAUCUUUGGGGAGCAAGAGGACGAGGAAGACAGGCAGCAGCCCAAAAAGUCUGAGUCAGAGGUGGAGGAGGCAGCUGCCAUCAUUGCUCAGCGGCCCGAGAACCCUCGCGAGUUCUUCAGGCAGCAAGAGCGAGUGGCCUCGGCCGGUUCAGAGACUCUCCCGUCCUUCAACAGAACAGCAGGUCGUCAGCACUGUCCUUACAUAAAGACACCUGACAGUGGGCUGCCUUCCUCCUCCUCCUCCUCUUCCUCCCCUCCACGGACUCCCUUCCCUUAUAUUACUUGCCACCGCACACCAAACCUCUCCUCCUUCUUCCCAUGCAGCCAGACGGAAACACACAGAAAGGUAUCUGGCAGUAGCCCUUGUGACUCCAGUACAGCCUCAACGCCUGUUGGAGAGCAGAUUGAGCGUGCCCUCGAUGAGGUAACGCAGCAGGGGGCAUUGAAAGACUCCUCCAGCCCAAGCAGUGAGGAGGCAGCAGCGGACCCUGCUGUGACCUGGGUCCCCCCCAGUGUGGAGCAGCCAGCAGAGAAAGCAGAAGAGCUCCCAGCAGUGUCGGCCUGGCAGGGGGAGGACUGGACGAAGCCACAGCCAGAUGAGACUGGCCCCACUGAAGACCUGGUGUUCCCAGAACCCAAAGAGGAGCCUCUCUUCCCAGCUGCCCCGCUACCUCUGCAGAGUGAAGGCGCCAUGGAUCUUGGAGAGUCCUUUGGCUUUUCGCAGCCACCUGCUCCCCCAUCAGAGAAUCUCCUUGACCUGUGGCAAAAUGACAGCUCGGCUGUGGAGCCCACCCCUCCGGAUGCCUGGGAGCUCCAGCAAGGUGGGCCCCCCACUCCAGCCCCGUGGGAUCUUCAUGACGGGCCCCCUGUGCCUGCCCCCAUGCUGGUGGAGGUGGAUGUCCCUCCGGGGGCUCCGGAGCCCCCCUCCUCUGCAGGCCUCCCUGAAGACAACCUGCUCAACUUCAAUGACCUGCCGGAGCCCCCAGCCACUUUCUGUGAUGCAGAGCAGGAUGAGGAGCCAGCAAGCAUUGUGGCGAUUGAGGGACUUCAUCAGAUGACCCUCAGCUAUCAGCAUGCCCUGCAGGAAGCCUCUGGGGCCCACCAAGAAACCCAGCUGCUCACCAAUGGGGAGACAGCCCAAAAGGAAGGCACACAGACGAGUGAAGGUUAUUUCAGCCAGUCACAAGACGAGGAUUUCAAUCAAUCAGAAGAACCAUCUGCUAAAGCCCCUCCUCCACUGUUCUACAAUAAGCCCCCAGAGAUUGACAUCACCUGUUGGGAUGCUGACCCAGUGCCAGACGACGAGGAGAGCUUUGGGGGCAGCGUUUAAGGCCGGCUCCUGCGUCCAACUCCUGUAUCCUGCACCCAGCAAGCCCAGCGUCUGCAAGCCUGGAGCAACUGCAGUGAAGGCCUGGUGCCUGCUUGCUCCGUAUUGUAGCCCUGCGGUCCAAGGCCUCAGAUUGUACCCCAGCCAGAUAGGAUAUACUCCAUGGUACCCUGGGGUAACUUUUUUCCAGCGUGCGCUCUUCUCUUUCUCUUUCUCUCUUUCUCUUUUUUCUAAUGUUGUCAAAUAGGAAAUGUGUAAAUCUGCCUGGCCCCCUCUUUGUUGGUAGCUCCCCUGCAGCCCUCCCUCUUCCUCUGACUUCUGCCCAUCGGGUUUUUUUGGAUCCCGCCCCACCUCCCCAAAAUGCCAUUUAUGCCAACUGAGUUGACCUCCUACGUGUGCUGCUCUUGCGGGUGGGUGAGGGAGGGGCCUUUCCUCCUCUCAGACUCCACCCAGAGUUUUGAGGAUUUUGCACGAAUUUUAAAUAAAAUAUGGCAAUAAAAUGGCCCCGUGUGGGCAAGGCUCUGGCUCCCAUCACCUCGCCCUCCUUUGGUCCCCAACAGGGAAGUGACAAGAGCCCCGUUCAGCUUUGGAGCUCCAGCAGGAGUUAGCAGCAGCAAGGAAUGUUUUUUCCCUCCACGGUUCAAUGCCAUGGCCCUGUGUCUGAGAGCCAGCUCAAGCCAGACCCUUCUCUUUAGGUCUUACUUUGCCCUGAGAGCCUGGGACAAGGAGAAACUCUGGCUGGGCUCCCCAUCUCUCCCUCUUUUCUUCUCCCAACCCUUCCCCUCUCCCAUUCCAUGCUUGGUUUCCUUUCUCUCACGUACAGUAAUUGUUUUUAUUUUGAAAGCACAAAUUCUGUAACAGCAAUGUGCUUAUGUAUGUUAAUAAAUAAAUUGAUUCCAAGCAGGGCA